AUGGCGGACACCGGUGAUCAAGAGAGAAGCCCCUCUCUAUCGGCAGCCGGCACCAGCCAUCACGAGAGCCUCAUACACUCUAGUCUUGAAGGCCCAUAUCGGCCUCACUCGAUUUCCCGUCAGCGGUCAUUGAACUUGGAGAUGGCCAAUGAUCAUGACCUCUGGGGUGACGGAAUCGCAGCUCUCGCCGAUCGGGAUGAUCUUCAUGGCGCCGGAAUUGCAGCUGGAAUCUCCCUGGCCUGCUUUGGGGGACUUUCGGUGAUGCUGCCUCUUGAAUCCAAGCUUGGAUAAAAAUUUGAAAUUCAUAAUAUGUACAUAGAAGAGCUUGAAAAUGGUGGAAACCCAGGAACAGUUUGAGAAAG